AUGUAUGGCACAAGCAAAAUUCAGGGAGGGGGAUUAAGAGGUUCUCUGCAUUAUUGCACCCAGCAGCGAUUUCUUCCUUCAGCAAAUAGAACCCCCGGCUUCGUAAAUGCGCGAGGAAAGGUCACGGCCAGCAAAGCGGCAACUUCCUCCGAAUACCACGCCGCCUACUUGACAGAGUACGAGAAAAUCGAGAUUAGGGGAUACAAAGAUGUAUACUACGUGGGACAGAAUUGUGAGCGUAAAAUUCAGGCCCCAGUGGAGGGCGGCUACAACUGCGGCUACGAUGACGAACGAGGGGAUUACACAAUAAUGCUGCAUGAUCAUAUAGCCUACCGCUACGAGGUGCUGGGCACUCUGGGGAGUGGGUCCUUUGGUCAGGUCGUUAAGGUCGCCGAUCACCAGAAUGGCACUACAGUUGCACUGAAGAUUAUAAGAAACAAGAAACGCUUUAUGUCACAGGCAAAAAUUGAGGUGCAAAUUCUGUCACACCUUCGAAGGGGCGACCCUAAUGGAAUUUACGGAAUUGUUCAAAUGCUUGACAGCUUUACUUUUCGGUCUCAUGUGUGCAUUACAUACGAGCUUUUAUCUAUCAAUCUAUAUGAGCACCUAAAGCAACGCAAUUUUCAUCCGUUAUCGCUGAGCGCCGUCCGCAAGAUUGGGGCCGGAGUAUUAGUCUCGCUCUCUUAUAUAUGGCGUGAGAAUAUUAUCCACUGUGACUUGAAGCCAGAGAACAUCCUCCUUAAAACGCCUGAUAGGGCAACGGUGAAGGUGAUUGAUUUUGGAUCUUCCUGCUUUGAGAACGCUCGCAUCUAUACAUAUAUCCAGUCGCGUUUCUAUCGCGCACCCGAGGUUAUAUUAGGCUGUUCAUACACCAAACAUAUCGACCUUUGGAGUUAUGGCUGUGUGCUGUGCGAGCUAGCCACAGGAGUUCCCAUUUUUCCGGGAGAGAGCGAACAAGAUCAGCUGGGCUGCAUCAUGGAGUACCUUGGAGCCCCUCCACAUGAGCUGAUACUUCAAUCCUCACGCAAGCAAGAGCUAUUUGAUGUUAAUAACGGUUAUGCCCCAAAGUUAGUUCCCAACAGCAGGCGGAAAAUACGAUACCCAGGGACAAGGUCCCUCGCGGCGUUUCUCGGUCUUCCUCAAGACGAUGGCUUUGUUAGUUUUGUCAGGCAAUUUCUGUGCUGGAUCCCGGAAGAGCGGGUUUCCCCGCGUAGGGCGAUGCGUCAUCCGUGGAUUGCCGACAUAUUUGAAGGACCGCCACCGCCCUUGUCGCAGGUGAGCAAGACCCAAACAAAUUUGGCAGUACGUGCGGCCAUUUCCAAUGCCCACCGCAUCACAGGGCAACCUUUGAAAGUGCCGCAUCUCCCAAAGAUUGGUGAGCACUGA